AUGGCUGCUGGCAGGAGCAAGCGAUCUGCUGCUGCUGCUGCCAGCAGCAGCAGCAGCAGCAGCAGCAGCAGCAGCAGCAGCAAAGUAAAUCCAUUUGAUGCUACAUACACAGCAGCAGAAGCAAACAGCAGCAGCAGCAGCAGCAGCAUUCACGAUGAGAGGCUAUACCGCGGCAGCAGCAGCAGCAGCAGCAGCAGCAGCAGCAGGUCAGCAGCAGCAGAUGCAGAAGAGUUAAUGUAUGCUCGUUUGCUGCUGCUGCGGCAGCAGCAGCAGCGGCUGCUGCGGCAGCAGCAGCAGCAGCAGCAGCAGCAGCAGCAGAGAAAAAGAAAGAAAAAAUCAUUUGUAUUAGAGGACGAUAUAAGCGAUGAAGAAAUAGAGAGAACAGCAGCAGCAGGAGGAACACCAGCAGCAGCAGCAGCAGCAGCAGCAGCAGCAGCAGCAAGAGAUUUAGAUCUGCUGCUGCAUAAAGGAAAACCUAUUGCUAUAAAGGAAAACCUAUUGCUGCUAUGGGUGAUGAUGAGCUCCGUGCUUCUGCUGCUGCAUAAAGGAAAACCUAUUGCUGCUAUGGGUGAUGAUGAGCUCCGUGCUUCUGCUGCUGCGCUGGUGCAGCAGAGAGCUGCAGCAGAAGAGGAAGGGCAAGAGCAACAACUGCUGGACGGGGGUUUGUUGUUUUUUGGUGGGGGGUCUGAUGCCCCCAAAAGCAGAAGAGAAAUAAUGAAGGAAAUAAUAAGCAAAAGUAAAGAAGCAAAGGCCCAACAUGCGAGAGAAGCAGAGGAGCAGCAGCAGCUGCUGCAGCAGCUUGAGCUGCAGUUUGCUGCUGUUAGAGAAGACCUGCCAUUCGUUAAACCCAAAGAAAAGGAACCGAGCCUUGAGGACCUGCUGGCAAAGUAUACAAAAGGGGGGGGGAAGCAGCAGCAGGAGACAACACAGCAGCAGCAGCAGCAGCAGCAGCAGCAGCAGCAAGAGAAGCCUUCACUGUUUAGCUUCCUUAAAAGCAGCAGCAGCAGCAGCAGCAGCAGCAGCAGCGGUCCUUUGUUGCUUCUGGACCCUGACGGCAGCAGCAGCAGCAGCAGCAGCAGUGCAUCAGCAGCAGGAGGAGCAGCAGCUGCAGCUAAGAGACCGGCCGAGGGAGCAGCAGCAGCAGCAGCAGCAGCAGCAGCAACAGCAGCAGCAUAUGAUAGAGCAGCAGCAAUGCUGCGGUUCUAUCCUCGUGUUGCAGCAGGAGAGAAGCUGCUGACGGAAGAAGAAAUCAAAGAAAAAGCAAAAAAAAAGCUGCUGCAGCAGCAAAAGAAGCAGCAGCAGCUGCUGCAGCAGGAACACAAACAAGAGGAGGAGGAGCUCAAGAAAGAAGAAGAAGCGUUCUGGGCUCAGGCUGCAGACACUGCUGCUCCUAGCAGCAGCAGCAGCAGCAGCAGCAGCAGCAGCAGCGAGAGCAGCAGCAGCAGCAGCAGCAGCAACGAGAGCGACAGCAGCAACGACAGCAGCAGCGAAGAGGAGGAGGAUGAGGAGCUGCAGGAGUUGCUGCAGCAGGACGAUGAAGAAGAAGAAGAAGAAGCAGCAGCAGCAGCAGCAGCAGCAACAGCAACAGAAGCAGCAGCAGCAGCAGCAGCAGAUGCAGGAGAAGAAGCAGCAGCAGGAGCAAGAGAAGCAUCAGCAGCAGAAGCAGCAACAGAAGCAGCAACAGCAGCAGACAGCGGGCGCACUGAAUCCUCUGCUGCUGCAGCAGCAGCAGCAGCAGCAGCAAAAGCAAAAGCAACUGCAGCAGCAGCAGCAGCAGCAGCAGCAGCAGCUGCUGCUGCUGCUGCUGAGAUAGACAGCGACGGGGAGGAGUUGACGCUGCAGCAGCAGCAGCAGCGGCAGCUGCUGCUGAAUGAGCAGCACGAGCUGCUGCUGCCGUAUAAACCCUCGCUACCUAGAAGAGCUGAGGAUACACCCCAAUUGUUUAGGGUUUGGAAACCCUCGUCGCAGGCUAAGCUGCUGCACCGGUACUUGAUUCUCUAUCCUCUGGAUGAUGCUCAAUACACCCCGCGGCUGCUGCUGCUGCUGCAGGGUUUGCUGCUGCACCUCGUGCUGCACUGCAGCAGCAACAUAAGCGACGGCACAGGGGCAUCUUUCUUUGAACUGUGGCAGCACCUUCAGCCCCCGCUGCUGCAGCUGCUGCAGCACUCAGCAGCAACAGCAGCAGCAGCAGCAAACUUCUUUAAGCCGCUGCUGCUGCACGUUGCUGCUCGCAUUGCACCAGACGAUGAGGAGCUGCUGCAGCAGCUGAGGGUAGAGGUAGCUGCUGCUGCUGCUGGUGCUGGUGCUGCUGCUGCUGCGCCUGCUGCAGCAGAAGCAGCAAAUGAGGGUGCAGGGAUGGAGGAUGUGCUGCAGCAGCUGCAGCAGCAGCUUCCAGAGCAGCUGCAGCAGCAGCUGCAGCAGCAGCAGCAGCAGCAGCUAGCAGCAGCAGAGAGAGAUCUUCGUAUUAUUCUUACCCCCAUAGAUAUUGCCGUGCUGCAGG